UUUCCGUGGUGGCCGAUGAAUCCAUGCGGGGAGUUGAUAAUUGAAAUAUCCAUGACCGUAGACCACCUAGUUCGUUCAUGCGUGCCCAGGGAGGCGUAAAGAAAGCAUUCGAUCCUCAAAGUGAAGUGAAGGCUUAGCCACUUCAACUUUGACUGCCCAUUCUCGGAACCCAGCAGGGCAUUUGGAAGAUCCCAUGUUGUGGUCUGAACGACAUUAUCUGAGCUGAUGCUCAUCAGAGGCCAAGAGCUGGUUUAAGGUUGGUGAGCUAUUACGUGAUUUCAUCCAUUGUCUGGCGUCGAUCAAAACAUUGCGAAGUUGCAACUUUCUAGGUUGCGAAGUUGCAACUCUCCGGAGAGCAAGCCAGGAGAUGUGCAUCGGGAGGUCUUUUCCCGAAUUGGAGGACCUCGAAGUCAGAGGAGACGCCGGGCUGGUCAUUUAGCGAUCUAGUCGUCCAAGUUUAGAUGAUGAAGAUCAGUGUGGACCGGCUGAGCCUUUUGGGAAUCACGUAGUUCUCAGCGUCGGUCACUGCUGGGCUGGCUAGCUGUCUCGCAAUUCCACGAUGCAGGGAGAUUGAGGAGUACAUGGAGAAUUGAGUUUUAUAUUUCUCUGGAGGUGGACACCAUGCACUCACUCAGAAGAUCUACAGGUCGGGCAUCGGUCGUUUCCUCUCCUGAUCGGCCCGCUCUCCGCGAACGCUUCAGGAUGCUGGUGAUUCUGGUGCUUUGUUGCCUCCAGCUCGGUGCUUGCGCGGUUGGUCAGGAGGAUACCACCUUCGGAGAAAUAAGCAGAAUCGAGACUCUUGUUGAGACUCUCCAGGAUCCAGAUUUCGAUGCACGUGCAGAAUCGGCCGCGAAAGAGCAUGUCAACAUCAACAUCGAGAGUGGACUUCCUCCUGCUUCCUCCGUCGAAGUGUAUAUGGGCCAGCAACAAGCACACGGCGGUCCCAGGAGCCAGCGAGAGCUGCAGCAGUUUAAAAUUCAGGACCAAGCCGUCGACACUUUGUUAACGAAUCGUCAUGAGCCUCUCCAUCGUUUUCAGGAGGAAUCUGCACACUCCAGAGCAAUAUCUCGCACUUUGCUCCAAGACAGCUUCGGGGAGGCCGAUGCGCUCCUGAAAUUCAAGGCUGAAAUCAAAAACUACACGGACAACGCUUUGGAUGGAUGGACAACGGGGAAUCGCUCCGCCUACUGCUCGUGGACGAGGGUCAUCUGCGAUGAUGAGUUGCAUGUGAUCUCCCUCAACUUCUCCAGGCUGAAGAUGAACGGCACUUUGGGUCCUUCGUUGAGCAAGCUCGAAUACCUCGUGGACCUCGAUCUGAGCCACAAUUUCCUGUUGAGCGAGCUUCCCGUGGAAUGGGGUCGACUGCAGAGACUGCAGACCUUGAACGUCCACGAUAAUUUUCUCUUCGGUGGAGUUCCCGCAGAGUAUGGCAACAUGUCCAGCCUACGAGUCCUCUACAUCGGAGCACAGGACGAGCUCUUCAAUGGGUUCAUUCCGGAGGAGCUGGGUCUGCUCUCUGAGCUCGAGGUUCUGGCCCUGGGUGCGGUUUUCAAUUUCGACGCCAAGCAGGAGUACUAUUCUUACCGGUCGAACAAGAUGAGAGGCCCCAUUCCCAAGUCCAUCGCCAACUGCACUAAGCUGUGGUACUUGGAUUUCUUCGGCAACUCCCAUCUGACGGGUCCUAUUCCCAGAGAGUAUAGCCAGCUCGUCAAUCUGGAGUAUCUGAGCUUCGAGCAAAACAAUUUCACAGGUUCCAUCCCCUCCGAGCUGGGCAACCUGACAAAGAUCAAGUAUCUGCACUUGGGAACCAAUGCCUUGGAGGGAGAGUUUCCCGUGGAGCUGGCGUCGUUGUCGGAGCUCGAGUUCUUGAACGUGAGUACCAACUUCCUGACGGGGAGUUUUCUGACAGUGGAGUCCACUUCGUGGAGUCGGCUCGAAAAACUCUUCAUUGACAGGAACAACUUUCGUGGCGCCUUUCCCAGAGCUGUGACGGCCAUGACGGCGCUGACGAUCUUCUACAUGUUCGACAACGAGUUCACCGGCGGCCUUCCCGAGAACCUGGGGCAGUUGGCCAACCUUCAAGUGUUCGAUUUCCGUAGGAACCAGCUGGACGGGAAAUUGCCCGACAGCCUCAACAACUGCACGCAGCUCCAAAGGCUUGAAGCAGCGAGCAACAACCUCACAGGCACGCUGGAGCCGCUGAGAAACCUCUUGCUGCUCAAUUCCCUGUUCGCAGCGAACAACAUGCUCACGGGCACGCUGGACCCGCUGAGAAACCUCUCGCUGCUCUUUUUUCUGGACGUACAGAAUAACAUGCUCACGGGCACGCUGGAGCCACUGAGAAACCUCUCGCUGCUCGAAUCCCUGUGCGCAGUGAACAACAGGCUCACGGGCACGCUGGAUCCGCUGAGAAACCUUUUGCUGCUCGAUUUCCUGUUCGCAGCGAACAACAAUCUCACGGGCACACUGAACCCGCUGAGAAACCUCUCUCUUCUCGAAUACCUGUCUGUAGGGUACAAUAGGUUCACAGGCACGCUGGACCCGCUGAGAAACCUCUCGCUGCUCGAAUUCCUGUUCGCAGCGAACAACAAUCUCACGGGCACACUGGACCCGUUGAGAAACCUCUCGCUGCUCGCUUACCUGAUCGCAGCAAACAACAAUCUCAAUGGCACACUAGAGCCGCUGACAAACCUCUCGCUGCUCGGAUCUCUGUAUGCAGGGAACAACAAGUUCACGGGCACGCUGGAUCCGUUGAGAAACCUCUCGCUGAUCUAUCUGAUAGAAGCAGCGAAAAACAAUCUCACAGGCACGUUGGAGCCGCUGAGAAACCUCUCGCAGCUCGCUUACCUGAACGCAGCGAACAACAGGCUUACGGGCACGUUGGAGCCGCUGAGAAAUCUCUCGAAGCUCGCUUACCUGCUUGCAACGAACAACAAUCUCAAUGGCACGCUGGAGCCGCUGAGAGAUCUCUCGAUGCUCUCGAACGGCAUCAUGUACUUGCUCCUAAACGACAACAACUUUCGAGGCCACAUUCCCGCCGAGCUCGGCAAGCUGUCGAACUUGAAGCUCCUCUUCUUGCACAAUAAUGGGCUGUCGGGGCCCAUACCCUCGAGCUUGGCCGACCUAGAGAGCAUCAACGAGAUCAAUCUGGGCAACAAUUCUCUGACGGGAGGAAUCCCUCCAGAGCUGGGGCGACUGCAGUACAUGGAGUAUCUCAUCCUCCACAGCAACAACCUCACGGGAACCAUUCCCGCGUCUCUGGCGAACUGCAGCUCCCUGAAAAACAUCAGGCUGAGCAAAAACAAGCUCACGGGCACAGUCACUCAGAUUGACUUCUUGCAGCUGCGAUCCCUCGAGAGCUUCUCUGUCAACGGGAACCAGCUGGGCGGAGAGUUUCCCGUGAGCGUGUACAACUGCACGGAACUGAAGCUCCUGGACCUGAGCAGCAAUGAAUUCUCAGAGGAGCUCCCCGACCACUACGAGUACUCUCAGCCAGUGCUGCGCGAAUUGCGAGUUUUGAAAUUAUCAUCCAACAAAUUCGGCGGCAGCGUGCCCGCUUGGAUCUGGAAGCUUCCGGAGCUGCAAGUGCUCGACUUGUCGCACAACUCGUUCACGGGAGUGUGGCCGACCAAUCUCUCGGGCUUGGAAGGCUUUACUCGACUCGAAGCGUCGCCAGACGACGUUGGGGGAGUCAACAGUGUCAUCGACGACUUCGUCCCCGUACGUGCCGAGGUGGACGGGGGGAAAUUGCUCGAGCAAAUCUCCAUUGAGGCCAAAGGUGCGCGACUCGAACUCGAGUACGUCCUCGAGACUCUAUUCUCCAUCGACCUGUCAUACAACCAGCUCUCCGGGAGGAUCCCGUACGCGCUUGGAGACCUGCGCGGGUUGACGUACUUGAAACUGACGCACAAUAAUUUCUCGGGCGAAAUCCCUCAGGUUUUUGAAGAUCUGCUGCGUCUCCAGUCGCUGGAUUUGUCGGCCAACUAUCUCACGGGGAAGAUUCCUGCGGUGCUGAGCAGGCCCAGCUUGAGCUAUCUGAAUCUCUCCUACAACUUCCUCGAGGGCGAGAUCCCCACGGCGAAUGCUUUCUCCACGAGGUACGACAUUUCGUCCUUCAAGCCCGGGAACGAUCAGCUCUGCGGGGCCCCGCUCGAGACCACUUGUGCGGCGCAGGACAGCAACGCAAGCGGAAGCUCGGCCACACUCGGGGCUCCGUCGUUCGAGCUCCUUGAUGGUACAUUCUGGCGGGCCUUCGAGAUCGGAAUUCCGAUCGGAUUCGUGAUUGUCAUCGGGGUCGUGAUCGGAACGCGGAGAAUAAUGCCCUGCACACGACACUGGUUAUUGGAUACUCAAGAUUCCGCUCGCCAUUUCAAUAAAGGUACAUACGGAGUUUUCAACGAACCAACAUAGACUGAAUCAUUCAGCAAUUGACUGUUGCGUACGAGACUGCUCGCUUUGCACCCGGCUGGACCCCGGGGUCCAACCGGGGCUUACGAAGAUUCUGCAUGAAUGAGGACUCGUUGUCCGCCAUACACAUGUGCUACUGCUGCUAGGCCUGUAGAUAGCAAAGCGUUGUCUGCACUGAGUUGUUCCAAUUGGAUUGUGUAAAGAUUCCACGACGAUUCAUGAUUGCAAGAUUAUUCCUCUUGGAGGCUUUUGUCUCCAGAUUGAAGAGACUUCAUUGUAAUUACUUGAUGGAAUUGUUGGAGACUCUAAUUAGUUGAC